GCUAUCCAACCGUGGCUGGUUAGCUUGCUCUGCAGUGCUCUGCUUUCACAAAUGCAGAAUUUGGAGGGAAGAAGUACUGAAGAUUUUUUCGCUCAAACCACAAGGCAGCAGGAGUCUUUUACUUUGCCUUAAGGCCACAAGUGUGGUGAAAUGAAAAAGAGAGAACAUUUUGUUCCUCGGUUUUGUUUGAAAUGAUUCUUUGACAAAGUAAAAUUUUUUAGCCUUGCUAUUCACCUCUUUGUUGGUGGGGAAACAGUAGAUGAAGAGAAGAACAACAUUUUUAAGCUUGUGUUGUGGCUUAUUGAGGAACAACAGCAAGUCUAAAACGGGAGGAUAAACCAAGACAUUUUGAUAUACAGAACGUGUCUUUUGGAACAGCUAAAGGAUCUGAAUCAUUUUUAAAGUUGUAUCUACUGUGAUAUGUAGGAGAACUUAGGCUUUUUUUUCCAUAUCUAAGAGGAAUAUUUACCAAAGAGAUUUAGGAGAAGCAAUGAUGGAGUGGGACCACAGGGACCGAGAGCCCUGCUUGUCCCCGGCAGCAUUUGUUAACCAGGUGCAAUACUCCAAUAUCCUGGAAGGAAGAUUUAAACAGUUGCAAGAUGAGCGUGAAGCGGUACAGAAGAAGACCUUCACUAAAUGGGUAAACUCUCAUUUAGGCCGAGUGACCUGUCGCAUUGGUGACUUGUACACAGACCUGCGGGACGGCCGUAUGCUAAUACGCCUUCUGGAAGUGCUCUCAGGAGAACAGCUGCCAAAACCCACUAAGGGUCGCAUGCGAAUCCACUGCCUUGAAAAUGUUGAUAAAGCUCUGCAGUUUCUAAAGGAGCAAAAGGUCCAUCUAGAAAAUAUGGGCUCACAUGACAUUGUGGAUGGGAAUCACCGUCUCACCCUAGGCCUCAUCUGGACCAUCAUUCUUCGAUUCCAGAUCCAGGACAUCAGUGUCGAAACCGAAGAUAACAAGGAGAAAAAGUCAGCCAAAGAUGCCCUGCUACUUUGGUGCCAAAUGAAAACUGCCGGAUACCCCAAUGUCAACAUACACAACUUCACAACCAGCUGGAGAGAUGGACUGGCGUUCAAUGCCAUCGUGCACAAACACAGACCUGACCUGAUUGAGUUUGACAACUUGAAGAGGUCCAAUGCUCACUACAAUCUCCAAAAUGCUUUCAAUGUGGCUGAGAAGGAACUGGGUCUCACCAAGUUGCUGGACCCAGAAGAUGUUAAUGUUGAUCAACCUGAUGAAAAGUCUAUCAUUACCUAUGUGGCGACCUACUACCAUUACUUCUCCAAGAUGAAAGCCCUGGCAGUGGAGGGUAAACGAAUUGGCAAGGUGCUGGACUAUGCUAUUGAGGCUGACCAGCUGAUAGAGAAGUAUGAGACCCUGGCAUCAGAGCUGCUACAAUGGAUUGAGCAGACCAUAGUGACCCUCAACGAUCGGCAACUAGCUAACUCGCUCAGUGCUGUGCAGAACCAGCUUCAGGCUUUUAAUUCCUACAGGACUGUGGAAAAACCUCCUAAAUUUACAGAGAAAGGGAACUUGGAGGUUCUACUCUUUACUAUCCAAAGCAAGAUGAGAGCAAACAAUCAGAAAGUCUACAUGCCAAGAGAGGGCAAACUCAUCUCUGACAUCAACAAGGCAUGGGAAAGGCUGGAAAAAGCUGAACAUGAACGGGAGCUGGCACUGAGAAAUGAGCUUAUCCGCCAGGAGAAGCUGGAGAUGCUCGCUGCCCGCUUUGACCGGAAAGCAGCAAUGCGGGAGACGUGGCUGAGUGAGAAUCAGAGGCUGGUGUCUCAGGAUAAUUUUGGAACUGACUUGGGAGCAGUAGAAGCUGCCACCCGGAAACAUGAAGCAAUUGAGACAGACAUAGGGGCAUAUUGGGAGCGUGUGGCUGCUGUAGAAGCUGUUGCCAAAGAGCUGGAAGCAGAGGGAUAUCAUGAUGUGCGACGUAUACUUGCACGAAGGGAUAAUGUGCUUCGACUCUGGGAAUACCUAAAAGAGCUUCUGGCUGCACGCAGAGAGCGUCUGAAUGCCCAUCGUGACCUGCAAAGACUAUUUGAGGAGAUGCGCUACAUCAUGGACUGGAUGGCAGAUGAAAAGGGCCGUCUGCAGUCUCAGGACUGUGGUAAACAUUUGCAUGAUGUUCUAGACCUACUACAAAAACACAAUCUGGUAGAGGCUGACAUUUCAGCUCAGACAGAGAGAAUCAAGGCAGUGCAGAAUGCUGCCAAGCGCUUCACCUCCUAUGAACAGGCUUACAAACCUUGUGAACCUGGACUAGUUAGUGAGAAGGUUGACCUGCUGGGUCAAGCCUACGAGGAGCUUGGUCAGCUUGCUGGGACACGCAGAGAGCGCCUUGAGGACUCACGUCGUCUCUGGCAGUUUAUGUGGGAUCUUGGGGAGGAGGCGGCCUGGAUCAGAGAGCAGGAGCAGAUCCUGGCUAGUGGAGACACUGGCCGUGACCUCACUUCUGCCCUUCAUCUGCUCAGUAAACAUGAGGCUUUCAGGGACGAGAUGGCAGCCCGCUACGGCCCCCUGAGUAACAGCAUUGCUUCUGGAGAAGCUUUGGUUAAAGAGGGACACUUUGGAGCUUCAGAAGUCACUGAGAGAAUUGAAGACAUCCGUGCACAGUGGGCGCAUCUAGAGGAGACAACUAAGCUCAGAGAGCAGAGCCUCAAGGAAGCAGUGGCUCUGCACCAGUUUCAAACAGAUGCUAAUGACAUGGAGGCAUGGAUUAUGGAGACAUUUAGACAGGUGUCCAGUCAAGAGGUUGGGCAUGAUGAGUUUUCCACCCAAACUCUAGCUCGCAAGCAGAGGGAAAUAGAGGAGGAGAUCCAAAGCCACCGCCCCCUCAUUGAAUCCCUGCAUGAGCAGGCCCAAGCACUGCCCCAGGCAUACAUACAUUUCCCUCAAGUGGAUGGUCGUCUGCCUGCUAUUGAGCAACGCUAUGAAGAGCUUGAGUCUCUGUCUGCAGCUCGGCGCCAGGCUCUGGAAGGUGCCCUAGCCCUCUACCGUAUGUUCAGUGAAGCUGAUGCCUGCCAGGUCUGGGUGGAGGAAAAGGAGCAGUGGUUAUAUGGCAUGGAGAUCCCAACCAAACUGGAAGACUUGGAGGUGGUGCAGCAGAGAUUUGAGACACUAGAACCUGAGAUGAAGAACCUAGGAACUCGUGUCACCGAUGUGAACCAAGUGGCCGAGCAGCUGCUGAGCUCAGACAACAGUAGCAAAGACCAAAUCCACCAGACGAGAGAUCAGCUGAACAACAGAUGGAAGGAGUUUGAGCAACUGGCCGGUCAAAAGAAACAGGGUCUAGAGUCUGCUCUUAACAUCCAGAACUACCACCUUGAGUGUAAUGAGAUCCAGACAUGGAUGAAAGAAAAGACCAAAGUGAUUGAAUCUACUCAAAGCCUGGGCAAUGACCUAGCCGGAGUGAUGGCACUACAACGGAAGCUCACUGGCAUGGAGAGGGACCUUGAGGCUAUUCAGGGAAAAUUGGACGACCUGAGAAAUGAGGCAGAAAAGCUGGCUAGUGAACAUCAAGAUCAGGCUGGAGAAAUCCAAGGACGCUUGGCUGAAAUUCAAGAAGUGUGGGAGGAGUUGAAUGCCACCAUGAAGCGACGGGAGGAAUCACUGGGAGAAGCUAGCAAACUACAAGGUUUCCUCAGAGAUCUGGAUGACUUCCAGUCCUGGCUUUCCCGCACUCAAACAGCCGUUGCCUCGGAAGACAUUCCAACUUCUCUGCCUGAGGCUGAGAGUUUGCUGGCUCAACAUGAGAGCAUCAAGAAUGAAGUUGACAACUAUAAGGAGGACUAUGAGAAGAUGAGGGGCGUUGGUGAGGAGGUGACCCAAGGCCAGACAGAUGCCCAGCAUAUGUUUCUGGCCCAGAGGCUCCAGGCGUUGGACACUGGCUGGCAUGAAUUACGUCGCAUGUGGGAGAACCGCCACAGUCUUUUGGCCCAAGCCUUCGACUUCCAAACUUUCCUGAGAGAUGCAAAGCAGGCAGAGGCUUUCCUCAACAGCCAGGAGUAUGUGCUGUCCCACACAGAGAUGCCCACCAGCCUUCAGGCGGCAGAGGAGGCCAUUAAGAAACAUGAGGAUUUCCUCACCACCACAGAUGCCAGUGAGGAGAAGAUAACUGGUGUUGUGGAGGCUGGUCGGCGCCUCAUUAACGACUCCAAUGCAAACUCUGAUAAGAUCCAGGAAAAGGUUGAUUCAAUCCAGGAAAGGCAUCAUAAAAAUAAGGAGUCUGCAAAUGAACUGCUGAGUAAACUUAAGGAUAAUCGUGAACUUCAGCAUUUCCUUCAAGAUGGACAGGAGCUCACAUUGUGGAUCAACGAAAAGAUGCUAACAGCACAGGACAUGUCUUAUGAUGAAGCUAGAAAUCUUCACAGCAAGUGGCAGAAACACCAAGCCUUUAUGGCAGAGUUGGCCUCCAAUAAAGACUGGCUGGACAAGAUUGAUAAGGAGGGUCAAGCCCUGGUGGCAGAGAAGCCUGAGUUGAAGCCUGUCGUCCAGCAGACCCUGGAGGACCUACAGCGUCAGUGGGAGGAGCUGGAGGGCACGACCCGCACCAAGGCUCAGUGCUUGUUUGAUGCUAACAGAGCAGAGCUCUUUACACAGAGCUGCUCCGCUCUGGAUGUCUGGCUGAAAAACAUGGAGAGCCAGCUGCAUAGCGAUGACUACGGAAAAGAUUUGACCAGUGUCAACAUCCUCCUCAAGAAGCACCAGAUGUUGGAGCAUCAGAUGGAGAUCAGAGAGAAGGAGGUGCAGUCUCUACAGUCUCAGGCUCUUGCUCUGUCCCAGGAGGAUGCUGGACUAACUGAAAUAGAUGGUCAGCAAAGGCGUGUCACUGACAGUUUUGCAAACCUUCAGGAGCCGCUCAAUCUGAGGAGGCAGCAACUGCUCUCCUCCAAAGAAGCACAUCAGUUCAACAGAGACCUGGAGGAUGAAAUUCUAUGGGUGAAGGAGAGGAUGCCUCUGGCUACUUCCACAGACCACGGAAAAGAUCUGCCCACCGUACAGAUGCUGAUAAAAAAGAACCAGACAUUGCAGAAGGAGAUUCAGGGCCAUCAGCCUCGCAUUGAUGACAUCCAUAGACGAGGCGAGAGUGAGAGCCAGGUUGAUGGAGAAAGAAAAUCUGUUUUAGAGGAGCGCCUUGUUGAGCUGAAGGAUCUCUGGGAUCAGCUGAUUUCAGAGACAGACAAGCGUCAUGCCCGACUAAUUGAGGCCAGUCGUGCACAGCAGUUCUUUGCUGAUGCAGCUGAGGCAGAGGCCUGGAUGGGAGAGCAGGAGCUGCACAUGAUGUCAGAAGAAAAAGCAAAGGAUGAGCAAAGCGCUUUAGUAAUGGUCAAGAAGCACCAGAUCCUGGAACAAGCCCUUGAAGAUUAUGCCCAGACCAUACACCAGCUGGCUAACAGCAGUCGCCUCAUGGUCACCGGUGAACAUCCAGAGAGUGAAAGAAUCACCUUACGACAAGCCCAGGUUGACAAGCUUUAUGCAGGCUUAAAAGACCUUGCUGAGGAGCGUCGAGGGCGGCUUCAGGAAAGACUGCGGCUGACCCAGCUGAAGCGGGAGAUGGAUGACCUGGAACAGUGGAUUGCUGAGAGGGAGGUGGUUGCUGGCUCUCAUGAACUAGGACAAGACUAUGAACAUGUCACAAUGCUGAGGGACAAGUUCCGCGAAUUUGCUCGUGACACCAGCACUAUUGGCCAAGAGCGUGUGGAUGGCGUUAAUGGGUUAGCAGAUGACCUUAUUGAGUCAGGUCACCCUGAAAACGCUAGUGUAGCUGAUUGGAAAGACGGUUUAAAUGAGGCCUGGGCUGAUCUUCUGGAGCUAAUUGACACACGCACACAAAUGUUAGCAGCCUCCUAUGAGCUGCACCGAUUCCAUCAAGAUGCUAUGGAGGUGCUUGGACGUAUAAAGGAGAAGAAAGAGGCUUUACCUUCAGACCUUGGCCGUGACCUGAAUACUGUCCAGCAUCUACAUCGACAGCACAACACUUUUGAACAUGACAUCCAGGCCCUCAGUGGACAGGUGAACCAAGUGCAAGAUGAUGCAGCACGGCUGCAGAAGGCCUAUGCUGGUGAGAAAGCUGAUGACAUUCACAGGAGUGAACAUGCUGUGACUUCUGCCUGGGAGGGCCUGCUUGAGGCCGGUCAGACUCGCAGGCUCCUCCUGCUAGACACUGUGGAGAAAUUUCGCUUCUGCAACAUGGUGCGAGACCUCAUGCUCUGGAUGGAUGGCGUUAACCUGCAGAUUGAUGCACAUGACAGCCCUAGGGAUGUAUCGUCUGCAGGGUUGGUCAUUGCCAAUCAUCAAGACAUAAAAUCAGAGAUUGAGACCAGAGUUGACAGCUUUACAGUUUGUACAGAUAUGGGAAAUACUCUUGUCAACAAUAAUCACUAUGCAGCUGAUGAGAUCCGAGAGAAACUGGCUCAGCUACAAGAAAAGAGAGACAAGAUCAACAAAAAGUGGCAAGACAAGAUGGACCAUUUACAAAUUGUGCUGGAAGUGCUGCAGUUUGGACGUGAUGCCUACGUAGCAGAGUCAUGGCUGGCAGGGCAAGAACCUCUGGUGCGAGCAGCAGAGCUGGGCGCAAAUGUAGAUGAGGUAGAGAGCUUAAUCAAGCGCCAUGAAGCUUUUGAGAAACUUGCUGCAGCCUGGGAAGAACGCUUUGUGCUACUGGAGAAACUCACAACACUUGAGGAGCAGGAGAUACAGAGGAGGCGAGAAGAGGAGGAGAGAGCCAGGCGGCCUCCUACGCCACCACCAGCACAAGAAGUGGCACAAUCUGAGGCAGAAAGUCAAGCACAUGAUUCUGCAGCCAGAACCAGUCUGGACCAGACCACUCUUAAUCAGUCAGUGUCAGUGAACGGCGUACACAGUGAUAACGACACAUCUCAGUCAUUAUCGCUAUCGUUGUCAGUGGGAAAGAAAUCAGAGCCUAAACGUGUCUGUAAACCAAAGCAGCCGGAGCGUGGCUCGGAGUCUGAGUCUGUUAACGGACCUGGUAGAGACAGCGGUUUGGCAUCUUCUCGCCUCGAGCCAUCUGCAACGCUGCCAAGCAGGGGUGGAGCUGAAUCUGACCCAGAAACCAUGGAGGGCAUGCUCUGCCGAAAACAGGAGAUGGAGUCCCACAGUAAAAAGGCAGCUAGCAGGUCGUGGCAGAAUGUGUACUGCGUCCUAAGAAAAGGAAGUCUAGGUUUCUAUAAAGACAGCAAGAGUGCUAGCAAUGGCAUUCCUUUCCACGGGGAGGUGCCCAUCAGUUUGGGACAGGCUGUAUGCGAAGUAGCCCAUGAUUAUAAAAAGAGGAAACAUGUAUUCAAGCUGAGACUGGGAGAUGGGAAAGAAUAUCUGUUUCAAGCCAAGGAUGAGUCGGAAAUGAGCUCCUGGAUUCGUUCCAUUCUGGGCUCCAUCCCGACAGGAUCAGGAGACUCGCCUGGAGGUCCCCGGGCCCUCAGCCGUGCCAUGACCAUGCCUCCCAUCUCCCCAAGCUCAGGUGAUACUGGAAGUGUCACCAUGCGCAACAAAGAGGGGAAAGAGAAGGAUCGUGAGAAGAGAUUCAGCUUUUUUGGCAAGAAGAAAUAGAACACUUGUAACUGAUAAUUGAUGAAAACUACAUUAAUGAAAAAUCCAGCAGACUGAGGCAGACGGAAUGAAAGUACACACAGGUCAUACAAACACACUGCUCUCAGCGCAGGCCCCAAGGAAUUCGCUGAAAACUAUUUCCCUUCCUCUCUGAUUCUCUCCCUCACAGGUUUAUUUGUUAUUUACUUUUCCUUCAUCCAACCCAGUUGUCAAAUUUAGCUGCACCCAACAAUGAAAGGCCCCCUCAUCCAGUUUCAGACUAUCUUGUUAGUCUGAGUAACAGAUGUGGUUGGUGUUAGGUUGGAUCUGGACCCACCUCAGCUCCAGUCCAACAAAACGGCUCGUCCUCAGCAGGAGUUUUUUUUUUCUCUUUGGUGAGUCUCAACUAGCAGAGCUGUUAAAAUGCCAUGUGUUCAACUAAACAAAGGAUGGCAGCGUUCAACUGUGCUGCACUCCGGUUUCAUGUUCCCACUGUCAAACACUCUUGUAGGAGGGAUCGCAUCAGUCUCUUUUUAUGUUCCUGGUAUUGAAGUUAUUAACAUGAUCGAUAUUAUUGAUAUUAUUAUUAUUAUUAUUAUUAUUAUUAUUAUUAUUAUUAUUAUUAUUAUUACUAUUUAUCUUUUGCAAUUGUUGGUUUGAGAAAACAAGUUAAUUAGUAGAUAAUCUUGGUUUAUGUUGUGGAGAGAAACGAAUUCGGUUCAACUAGUGGAGAACGUUGGGCUUGCCCUUGUAUGUUUUUGUUUUUUGUUUCCUUUCUUUUUUUUUUUUAGGAAAGAAAGUUUAUGAGGUGUUUUGCAACAUACAUACAAUCUCAAGUUUUAGCUGUGUGCAGUAAGUGAUCACAAGUUUCAUUGGGAAAAUGAUAUAUAUAUUUAAUAAGUGGUUUUAUUUUUUUUUCUUUUGUUAUUUUUCUAAUUCUGCCUGUAUUUUAUUAUUUCUUUUGAGUGAUCUUUUCUGCUUGAUUUUCAACUUUCCUUUUAUUUCUGUACAAAGCAGAGAAGAUUAGUUUUCUAGUGUGCGUGUGUGUGUGAGUUGUGGUGCUGUGGAUUUAGCAUGUUUAUUUGUUCCUGAUCAAACAUGGCCAGAUGGAUGCUGCUUUUCAGUGCUCAAAUGCAGACAAAAACCAGACUCAAACACAAACUAAUAUGACUGGAAUGAGUUCAUAAAACUUUCUUUCCCUCUUGGUUUAUAGGGACGUGUAAGCUGACAUUACCAUUGCUAUUUCUCAAGACUUUUUCUUUCUGUUUUAGUCAAAUAUCUAUUUCUGUUCCAUCUGCUGGUAUGAAGGCAUGGGGGCAGUUUUUAAAUAAAAAGCUUAAGCACAUUUUUUGUGGCAGAAAUGCAAGCAGGACCAGUGGAGAGCUGACAGAUUUAAUACCAGGUUACGUGAAGGGCGUGGAAGUGAGAGAGGAUGAGUAGUGAUGAAUGCACUUGAUGUGCUUUGUAACGGAGAUAUGAGCCUGAGCUUUACUUGAACCCACUACAUUUACACUGAAAACCUUGUUUACUCACCCUCCAUUCAAACAGUCUUAAAGAAAGUUUUCUUAAUGCGAAGAUGUGAAUGUUUAGGGGGGGGGGGUGACCUGUGGCAAUGACCUGAUGUAUGUAAGUGGAUUAAAAUUACAAUAUGACUAACAGUAACCAUGGGAAACUCUACUUACACGUGAUGGCAAAGUAAAAGCAAAAUGGAAUAAGUCCUAAAUCCUUUUUGAGUUUUUUGCUCUUGCAUAUGUGGUGUGACUUAAUAUAGAGUAACGCUCGUAUAUGUCAAAUCAUUACCAUUUAUUCUCUUCUGUGUUGUGCUCUGAAGACAUGAGAUCACCUCAUGUUCAGGAUUGGGAACCGGCUAAUUUUAUGUAAUUAGCAGCUAACAAAUGAAGACAAGAUUGUCUCAAUCUAGUAUAGUUAAUAUAAACAAAUGAUGGGUGACAAGUUUGUUAGUUUCCUUAAUUAUGUAAAUGACUGAAAGAAAAACAGCAUUUACGGUAUAUUGUGAAUGUAGACAGUAGCACAGUUUCACAUCAGUGUUUGCACACAGCAGUCAGUGAAAUGAGCUGUUUCUAACAGCAGCUGAUUCAGCCAGGGUCUGAUGGGUGAACAUACGAGAACUGAGCUGCUAUUUGUAAUUUGUUACUUAAAUUUGUUACUUAAAUAAUACAAUAAAGCUGGUAAUUGAGGACAGGGAUUAUUUCACAGGAAUGUCACACCAAACUCCUGUGAUGGCACAACUGGUGGGAAGUGUAGAUCGGCUAGCCUUAGUUUCCUGUUCCAAAUCAGUGUGUUACUGCUUGGAUCAAAAUCUGCUCAAUGUCAGAUUACUGAUUAUCCAAACUGAGACUGUUUAACUGGGUUCAGUAAACAGCAUGGAGUCCAAACUUUAUCUGAUUUGCCUUGCCUCUGUCUGUGGGAGUCUGCAUCCCAGGCGUGUUACAGAGCUCCUAGUUUCAGUAUAGUGUAAGUGGCCUGAAAUUGAACUACAGUCUAGGAACCACACAACAUACGUUAAGUGAGCCAACGCAGUUUGCAUAGAUGUGUGCAGUUUUGUAUGGAGGAGUCCUUCCUUUCCGGUGGAGGAGCAGUUUAGUUUUCUCUGCUCUGAACAUCCGACACAGCAUCCAGUUUAUGAACAAGUUCCAGCUCAGAGGUCCCACAUGGUAUUUUCUUAUCAACUCAUUUGAAUGUGAAUGAUUUAAAUUAGUUUGGCCAAAUUGGUCACGUGAAGCAAAAAUAAUUCUCAUACUUGACAUACUGUAUACAGGCUCUCUCUAUAUCACACAUACUCGCACAUUAAAUACUGUACUGUAUACUUAAUGCAGAAUGAUCCUGGCAAUCCAGUCUUAGGAAUGUCCUCAGCUGGCUGCAAUUUGAUGUUGCAUAUUGCAUCCUUUUAAAACAAUAUUGUGCUACUGGUGAGCUUUGACCAGAAUAUGGGAUGUAUGCAUUAUUGAUGUCACGGAUAGGUUUUUGGUUCUAAGAGUUCUUGUAACUUAAUAAAAACAAACAAAAAAAAAAAAACAGCUUUUACUUGUUAAGAAAUAGAUAUGAGCAAAUACAGACUGGUGACAGUUUGAGCUCCUUGUUUUAGACGAAGGCAGGAUAUUUGCCAUCUGGUGGAAGCCUGUAUGUUUUUUUUUUUUCAUCCAGUGGUCUGUCUUGCAGCAUUUGAUAAGCCUGUCCUCCUACCAUCAUUUCUCAUUUCUUUUGACGAAUGUCUGUUUCUCUGUAAUUCAGAGUUGUUAAUACCACUACUAUUAUUAAUUGCUAUUCUGAUCAUUAUUGCUACUGUUGUUACUAUUAUUACUACUGUUACUAAUGCAACUUAUUGCAAAAAUUACAACUGCUGUCCAUUUUCAGGUACGUGUCUGACACCAGACCCUUCCACACGAUGUCAGUGUGCUGUGGAACAUUUUCAUUACAAAUUGAAAAUACUGUUUGUUGACUUGUGUAUCUACAUCUAAUAUUAGGAAUAAUAAAACAUGGUUUAAUCAA